AUGUUUUUUUUGUACAGAGAUCUGAGACCGGACAACAUUCUGUUAGGAGAACGGGGACAUGUAGUACUGACUUACUUUAGUAAAUGGGGAUGUGUGGACAGUGUUCUCCAUCAGGAAGCACUGGAAAACUAUUAUGCUGCCCCAGAGGUCUGUGGCAUUUUUAAUGUCAGCUGUCUAUGUGACUGGUGGAGUGUAGGAGCAUUAGCCUACGAACUACUCACUGGCAGGGCCCUCGUAUCCUGUCAUCCGAGUGGAAUCAACAGCCACACCACAAUCAAUGUUCCACAGUUUCUCUCUCCUGAAGCAGGAAGCCUCAUCACUGAGUUGUUACGGUACAAUCCCAAUGAGAGGCUAGGGUCAGGAAUCAAUGGCGAUGAGGAGAUCAAGGCUCAUCCGUUCUUCGUCGGGCUUGACUGGAGCAAACUGCAGCGGUGACAUUAGCGAGGUAGGCUUGUGAGGGACACUCCAGCAUGUUUCAACCACCAGCGGUUCUCUCUCCAGGGUAAUGUGAUCAUGGCUGAUGUGAAUGGCUGGUGCGAAGCAAUUGAAACAGUGGAGAAUUUAUAUGGCAUCAUGCAUAUGCAGUAUCGUAGAUAGGUCAGGAUUACACCAGGAUGGGUGUGCAUUUAGUUUAAAAUACAUAAACGAAACAAUUGCGCGCGUGUAUCUGUGACGAACACACUGAUAAUGUAUCACUUCAGAAUAGUUGUGCCAGCUCGUGCUAAAUCUUAUAGUAACAUCAUAAUGUCGACUUUUUGUUCAUUAUUCUCAUCGUUGUCUCGUGUUUGCCGGGGAAAUUAUACUUAGCGUGCAUGAACCAGUGAUGUUCCCCUCUCCUACAUUUUCUCCAUAUUGAUCUGCAUUGUUUCAGGCACUAUCAUACAUGUUAGAUGAGCAUACAAAAUCAGAUCAGUGUUAGUAAAAUAAUCGCCAUUUGGUAGUGUAUGAAGUUGCAUUUCCUAUUUAUUGAAAUAAUAGCAACUUGAUGUUUACGUCAUUGUUUCUGUAAUUAUUUAAGGUAUAUAUGUAAGUGUGAGGUCUAAUGAAUUCAAUUUCAUUUAGCUAUGAUUCUCAAUAUCUUUGAUUUAAUUUAAUAUAAUGUUUUUUGAGAAAAAUUGCAAUAUUGUGGUUAGUACUUAUUUUCAGCAUUGGAAUGCACUGUUUAAAACGUUUUUUAAAGACGAAACUCAUGUAGGAACAUUCCCAAUCGUGUACACAAACAAAGGCACGUCUGGUUCCUGUAGGGUAAGAUUAGCUUCAUUGUUAAGAAUCUCCUUCAAUCCAUCAAAACAUCCCGAAGCUAUAUAAAACACACAGAGUGUUUAGGUUAAUUAAGAGGACAACCUGCCUCGUAUAUAUUGUCCUAAUUUGUGGUUAUGACCGUUGUGAUAUAUAUGUACAUUUGUAGUGAAUAGUAGUAGAUGAAUAUCAGACUGAGCAGACAGUUUAUAUAUGUAUUAUUAAUUAAUAAUAUUUGUGAGGAAGCAAACAUCAUAAUCUUUCUAUUGUUAUAACUUGCACAGUUCAUGGAUACUGUAGCAUUGGUUAUACAGGAUGGGGCCCGUUGGGAUACUUCAUGGUACUUAUGUGGAAGAUAAUGUUUAUUCUGUUAUAAUCAGUGGCGCAGUGGUAGCCAGUGCCAAAGCAAUUCAUAUAUAUUUUGUCAUUAUUAGCUUGUAGCUGUUGUUAGGUCGGUAGCUGUGAUAGGUCGGUAGCAAGGUGUUGACUGACAGUUUAGGCAGUAGUAUAAAUUGGCUGCAAAACGUCAAAUGUUGUUGUCCAAGAAAACCUAUCAUUUUCUUUUUUCCAUCUCUCUCUCUCUCUCUCUCUUUCCCCCCGUCUCUUUGGCUCACGUCGAUUUCCCCUGGUCUCUCAGCUUCAAUACUCUCAUAAAGGUGUACUGGUGUUCGCAUAAGCAAGCUGCUAAUAGUUGGCUGGUUUAAUGUUAUCUUGAUGUUAUCAUCACAAUGAUUGAGAUGAGAAAGACACUCGGUGUAUCAUUUUCA